UUGCAUCUGAGCCUGAUGUAAAUUCUAGAGAAUCACUCAAUGCAUUUAAUUACAAACAUGGUUCAUCUGAGCCUGAUGUAAAUUCUGGAGAAUCACUCAAUGCAUUUAAUUACAAACAUGCUGCAUCUGAGCCUGAUGUAAAUUCUAGAGAAUCACCCAAUGCAUUUAAUUACAAACAUGCUGCAUCUGAGCCUGAUGUAAAUUCUAGAGAAUCACCCAAUGCAUUUAAUUACAAACAUGCUGCAUCUGAGCCUGAUGUAAAUUCUAGAGAAUCACCCAAUGCAUUUAAUUACAAACAUGCUGCAUCUGAGCCUGAUGUAAAUUCUAGAGAAUCACCCAAUGCAUUUAAUUACAAACAUGCUGCAUCUGAGCCUGAUGUAAAUUCUAGAGAAUCAUCCAAUGCAUUUAAUUACAAACAUGCUGCAUCUGAGCCUGAUGCUUCAAGUGAGACUCAAUUGCAUGAUAAACCAAAAGCGUUAGUCUUCUUCUUUGAAAAGAACUUGCACGAUGGAACAAAAUCAAACUUGCAAUUCAUGAAGACCUCUUCAAGUAAUGUAGCAAAAUUCUUGCCUAAAGAAGUUGCUAAUUCAAUACCAUUUUCAUCAAACAAGGUCGAUUACAUACUCAACAAAAUGAACAUCAAAAAAGGGUCAAAAGGUGCUCGUAUUGUGAAGAACACAAUGAGUGAGUGUGAAGAGGAAGGCAUCAAAGGAGAGGAAAAGCUCUGUGUAACAUCAUUGGAGUCCAUGAUUGAUUUCGUUACUUCUAAACUUGGGAAAAAUGUUGAGGCUUUUUCAACAGAAAUGAAUAAAGAAAGUGAGAGUCAACAAUAUAAAAUGAUAGCACAAGGAGUGAAGAAGUUGGGAGAGAAGAACAAAGUUGUUGUGUGCCACAAAGUGAAUUACCCUUACGCCGUGUUUUACUGUCACAAAACAGAAACAACUAAAGCUUACUCAGUGCCUUUGGAGGGUGUUGAUGGAAUCAGAGUUAAAGCUAUUGUUGUGUGUCACACCGAUACAUCACAAUGGAAUCCGAAGCAUUUGGCAUUUCAAGUCCUCAAAGUUAAACCCGGGAAUGUUCCGGUUUGCCACCUCCUACCUAAGGAUAAUGUUGUUUGGAUUUCCAAGUAG